GAAAGGUAGUUGGCUGGCGCGACUAUCAAAUUAUCCUUCUGUUCCAUUCUCUCUCUAGUCUCUACAGAGUUCCAACACAUAAACCUCCGACCCGGAAAUCCAGUGAACCCCAAAAAACUCCGAGGAACCAAAUCCUUCGAAGCUUUCUGCAAGAUCCCAAUGCAUGUCUGACUAAAACCCAGAAACCCUUUAACACCAAUGUCUUCUCGAACACUGACAACCGCCGCCUUCAUCUUCCUCUGCACACUCACUCUCAUCGCGCUCACUCAAUCUGUCCCUUUCAUUGUCUUGCAUGGCAUUGGAGAUAAAUGCAGCAGUCAGGGAGUCACAAAGUUCACUGAGCUUUUAAGCAACUGGUCUGGUUCUCAAGGAUAUUGCAUAGAAAUUGGAGAUGGAGUAUGGGAUUCCUGGACUAUGCCACUGUUGGAACAGACUGCCAUUGCUUGUGAGAAGGUGAAGAACAUUAGUGAACUAAGUGAGGGUUACAACCUAGUUGGACUUUCUCAGGGCACUGUGAUUGGUCGAGGAGUUGUUGAAUGGUGUGAUGGGGCUCCUCCUGUCAAGAAUUUCAUAUCAUUAGCUGGUAUGCAUGCUGGUAUUGCUUCAAUUCCAUUUUGCAAAUCCGAGUGGCUUUGUGUUCUUCUGGACACCUUAAUCAAGUCAGAGGUCUACAGCAGCUAUGUCCAGGAUCACUUGGCUCCCAGUGGUUAUCUUAAAAUCCCAACUGACAUCAGUGCCUAUUUAAAAGGAUGUAAGUUUCUCCCAAAGCUUAACAAUGAAAUCAACAGUACAAGAAAUUCCACCUACAAGGAACGAUUCGCUAGCUUACAGAAUUUGGUGCUUAUCAUGUUUGAGCAGGAUACUGUUCUGGUACCUAAGGAAACCUCCUGGUUUGGGUAUUACCCAGAUGGGGCCUUUGAUCCUAUUUUACCUGCACAAGAGACUCUACUCUAUACUGAAGACUGGAUUGGUUUGAAAAUCCUGGAUGAAGCUGGAAAAGUUAAAUUCAUAAACGUUUCAGGGAAUCAUUUGCAGAUAUCUCAAAGUGACAUGAAAAAGCAUAUAGUGCCUUAUUUGGAAGAUGAAGCAUCAACACAGAUGAUGAGGAGUGAAACUUCAUCUUAUAAAUGGCUAUCAUCAACCUGGAAUUUCUUGUUGGAACUGGUUGGGUUCAGUGAGGAUAUACCAUUGCUGCACACCAUGGAUUAAUUUGAAUGCUGUUCUUCCCAUGUGUAUUGUUUUCAUUUCUUUUUGUUGUAGGGAAAAAAGGGAAGGGGGCAGAGAGACAGAGUAGAAUGAAAUGAUUAUCAAAACUUGAACACAAAUCAAUUUGUCUGGUGUAGUCAUGAUUCAAUGGGACUUGUCAUGUAUGUAACAUUACAAUGUUCUCAGCAUUAUUAAACGAUGCAAAAUUAUUGCCAUAGUUAA